UUCUGAGACUCUGAACAGUGUACCUCAAAUCACUGUAGACAAACCUUUACUGACUGGAUUAUUACCUGACGAACACUUACACUAGGAUUUUAUCUGGAAACCAAGCUGCCUUUAUCCUCCACAACUGAAUUCUCAUGGCGUCAAGCGAACUUAGUCUUAUUCUCAACAACGCCAAUGCCAACCUGUACCCAUCUGAACCGCAGCCCAACUUGUUGAGCAUGACAGCGCCGAUGGGCAGACCACCACAUCUCUCAGAGAUGACCUUCAGCAGUAACAACAACACAAUGGGCUCCUGGGACCUGGUGAACCCACAGAUGUGGAGCAGGCAUAACGUUCUGGAGUGGAUUGGCUUUCACGUGGAGGAGAGCAGGUUUGAUGCCAGUCUGCUGAAUAUAAACUACUGCAACAUGGAUGGAAUCACACUGUGCUCAAUGUCAAAAGAAACUUUGAUCAGCAUGUUCGGAUCGAUGCUUGGAGAACGCCUUCACCACAGCCUGGAGACCCAAAAGUCCAGAUAUGCUACUGAUCUGUCUGAGACAUGUCUGAGUGAAUCCGAAUUAGACUUACUGGACAACAUACUGCAGAACUCGUUUCCCUUCAUGCACGGACCGAGCCUCGGCCCACUUCUCGAAACGGUGGUGGUUCAACCCUCAAUCCCAUCAGACAAUUCGGAGAACAGCUACAGCUACUUUGAUGAGUACCCCAAUCAGCUGACUCCAGAGAGCGAUCACGGCUAUGACUCUCUAACUGAGAGCUUCCAGAGUUCCCACACUGGUAGCCUGAACCUAAGCUCCCCUGAGUCCAACAGCAGCGACUCCGACCCAGAAUACACAGAGAUGCAUUACUCCGUCAGCACCAAGAACUUUGUGAAACAAGAGCCAGGAGAGCCCAAAAAGAGAGGCAGAGGACGACCCCCAAAGUGCCAAAGUGAGGGAUUUGAACAUUUCAUUCAGUCCAAAAAAAGUAAACACGCUCCAAGAGGAACCCACCUGUGGGAGUUUAUCCGGGACAUCCUGAUCCACCCAGAGAAGAACCAAGGUCUGAUGAAAUGGGAGGACCGCAGGGAUGGCGUAUUCAAGUUCUUGAAGUCCGAAGCUGUUGCUCAGCUCUGGGGGCAGAAGAAGAAGAACAGCAGCAUGACAUAUGAGAAGCUCAGUAGAGCCAUGAGGUAUUACUACAAACGAGAGAUUCUGGAAAGAGUGGAUGGAAGACGACUGGUCUAUAAGUUUGGGAAGAACUCCACUGGUUGGCGAAUUGAGGAGACCGGAUAUUAAAGUGGACCUGACAGAAGAGGGUCACUUUCAGUCAAACGUAGAGACUUUGGACUCCUGCUAAUGAGGAACUUUAGGUUGCUCUGAAGAUCCUUUCUUUAGAAACACACUCUUCCCAGAGGGAAAAGGUUUCACAGAAACUGUAAGCCAGAGUUUUGGCUAAAGUAGGUUUUAUGAACCUGUAAAAGUGGCAGUUGUCUGGUUCGAGUGGCACGCGGGCGUGCCAUGUAUCAGAUAGUAUUGCUACAUCACUUUAAGACUCUAUGUAAUCACUUGUUCUACACAUUGGUUGAACUGCAAGAGAAUGUAUAGCUUUGUUAAGGCUCUUUGGUAUUGGGAAAUUAAGUGUUGUGUGUAGGUAUAUUUGUCAAACCAUUUGUCAGGGCAGAGUGAAGUGUCUGUAACGUUCAUAUCUGCUGUACUGAUUGAUAUUUGUUCUACUGUAUAUAAAUGUAUGUGUAAACUAUAUAUUCUUUGUAAUACUUGUCAAUCAAGUACAAAUCAGAUAUUUAAUUGAAGAUUCUGCUCAAUUUUUCUGUGAUUUGUCAAGUCAC